UUCUGUUCUAUUCUAAAUUCUUAUUCUAUUUUAUAUUCUUAUUCUAUUCUAAAUUUAUUCUAUUCUUAAACGUCUGCAAGAAGUCCACGCAUGCGUGUCUUUCACUGCCCAAAGCAGGCGAGUUAAGCGUCGCAAUGGACGCAGUUACACCACGGCAACGCGAGGCCACCGCGAUUUUCUGCGCAUGUGCGGGAGGGGAGACGCACGCGUCGAGAACGAAAGAGAAAGAGGUGCCCGGAGCGCCCCACGGCUUCUCUCCAGGGAACCCUCGUGACCUCUGACCCGAGCACGCAACUCCGGGGAUCGCGACAGACGCUCCCCCUCCCUCCCUCUCAUUCCCUUCGCCAUGGCGGCGGGCGGGGAAAAUUUGCCCGGGCUGGCGGCGGAGUUGAGGCGCUUUGCAGAACGCGCCUCGGAGCCGGCGAUGCUGCCGGACGACGGGCUGGCGACGCUGAAGCGGGCUACGAGCCUCUUCCGGGAGGCGGCAGUAAGGGAAACAGCGACGGAAAGUGUGUUCCAAGAUCUCCUGCAGAUUUUGAAAAAAGUUUCACAUGAGAUUGAAGUGACCUGCCAGGAUGCCAGUACAUUGGGACAUCUGGAUUCACGGCUGCAACUGUUAUCUGAAUGUUUUCGGUGCCUUCGGAAUGCUUGCGUGCAGAGUGCAAAUAGCCAAAAUAUUAUGAGGAGCCUGGGUCUGAUUGAUGCAUCUAUCCAUAUUAUCCAGUUGUUACAGAAAUUAGAAAAUGAUCUGGAAUCACGCUUGAUAGCUUUUCGUUGUAGCCUCCAAUUUCUCGGAAAUAUUGCAACAGGGAACCCUGAGUCCCAGAAUUCAAUAUGGAAACUGGCUUCCCCGUCUCUUUUCUUGAAUUGUUUAAAUCAUCAAGAUGAGAAAAUCAUUGAUUAUUGCUCUAUGGUUCUUUUCACGUGCCUUAAUCCGGAGCGAAUCAAACAACUCCAGGAACAAAACAACUUGAACAUUGCCCUCUGUGUUCUUCGAGCUUCUAGAAGAUGCCCAGAAUUGGAAUGGAU